CAUGAGCGCGAUCUCGCCUGAUACAAAAAGUUUUGCGAUUCCGACAUUGGCUGAUGAAGGUUCCUCAAGCAAGCCAGCAUCAUCUUUAGAUUUGCCGAAACACGAGUCUAUUCGUUUCAAGCCGAUUAAAACACUUGCAAGUAGAAUUGAUGGAUCGGAGUAUUAUGACGAGGCGAGCAUGGAGAAAGUGAUGGAAAUGCUUGAAAUCGGCAGAACCGAUGAAGCUGUAGCUUACGCGGAUACAUUAUACUCUAAUAUAAUUGAUGAUGAACAGCAAGAUAUUGUCACCAUCGCUGAAUACGUAAAAAUUCUCGUCGUUCUCCGUCAAUGGCGGCGUAUUAGCCAUAUUAUUGCUCGUGGGAACUAUCAUCAGAUUCACAUUGUUUUUGCUUAUUAUGCCGCUACCGCACUUUUCCAACGGAAAUUAUACGAAGAUGUAGCUGAAUUAUCGGUCGGUCAUCUUCUUCCAAGUAAUGGCCAAAUUGGACCUCUUCCUGUUCGAACACUUUCACAAGUGACGGGGAGAUAUGUCGAGGAAGAAAGAAUGAAGUACUCAUUUGCAAAUAUGGCCGAAUUGGAUAAUAGCUCUAAAAAGCUCAGAAUGGUUCCAGCUCUUAUGAUAACCAUAGCAGAAAGUUUUUUGAAAUUGAUGAAUCGUGAUGCUGCAAUGAUUUGUAUUAAUUACGCGCUGAGUCUUGAUAAUACAACUCUCCAUGUCGAACGAUUAAUGGCAAAAUACAAUCUGGUUGAGCCUGCGAUGUGGGAGAAGUACAGAAAAGUCAGAAAUGAACAGCUGAAGUUACACGAAGGAAAUCAUGAUCCACGAAUUCUUAUGGAACGUGCUCAACGUGCCUACGAGAUGGGUCGAUUUCGAGAAACAAAAAAAAUCACUGACGAGCUAUUUGAUCUAUUUGGACCACAUCCUGAGUGCAUUAUUCUUCGUAUUCACUGCCUAACAAUGUUAAAGGAUUCUCGAUCUCUGCUUGAAUUAGGUCAUCAACUAGUUAGUGAUGAUCCUCAUAUUCCACUUCCAUGGUAUUGUGUUGCUAUGUAUUAUUAUAGUAUUGGAGCAAACUCAAGAGCUCGAAAUUUCAUCAGUAAAUGCACGAUGAUGGAUUCGACGUUUGCUGAAGGAUGGGUGGCUUUUGGUCAUAUUCUUCACUAUGAAGUUGAACACGAACAGUCCAUGAGUUGCUAUUACAGAGCGUCGAAACUUGUGGAUAAAAGUUCUGAACCGUUCUUGUACACUUCUCUUCAGUACAGUACGCAUAGUCAGAAGCUGAGCAAGAAGUUCAUGGGAGAAGCAGUUGCUCGGGCACCGAAUGACCCUCUGAUUCGUCACGAAGAAGCUUGUGUAGCCUAUACUGCAAAAAGUUACGCGGAAGCCGAUAUUUUAUUCAGAACUGUUUUGUAUAUGGUUACAGAGACCGAUGAAAUCAUUCCAAUUGAAGAAGUCUUGAAAAAGAAAAUCGACGACUUUUGGCACCCAAUGCUCAAUAACAUUGGCCACAUAGCCAGACGGCAAGGAAGGCUGAAUGAAGCAAUCAUGUUUUAUCAAAAAGCUAUCCGAAUGGAGCCAAAGUUUGUAGAUGCCAUUGCAUCAACUGCUCUCUGUUACGCAGUUCUCGGCAACAUUGAUAAAGCAACUGAAUUCUUCAAUAAAGCUCUUGCGAUCGAUCCAUUUAAUGAAACAAUCCGUCAAUGUCUGUCAAAAAUGAUUCAAGCGUCAAAAGAAAGUUAUUCUGUUGAUCAACAAACGCUCCCGCCCGCAUACAACUCUGAAACAUACUUCGGUGCACAAGAAAUUCUUCCGUACUGUGCAAUAAGAAAACCACGAAAUGAUGGAUUCGUUGUUCCGUCCAUCGUAUCGUCAAGCCAACCAUUUAUGUCGAUGCUGAGAGAUCGUUUGCGAAGACAGGAUCAACUAUAUGCACAAGAGCCAGAUAACGAUGCAGGAAAUCAAGUGUAAAAUGUCGCAACUUUAUUUAUUCAUCCAAUUUUUAAGUCUUUCAAUUAUAAAUUUUUAAUCCUUC